ACAAGAGUCAUCUAUCAGAAGUCAAAGUCAAGCAUCUGACUAAUUCUCUACAUAAAAAAAAAAAGUCCAAAACCUGGGCUGGGAGGAGAACCCUCUUCAGUUCUUCAUACACAGAGCAAAAAAAAAAAAUGGCGGAAAUUAUGAAAGUUGACCAAGAAUUCAACGAAGAAGUUGAAGGGAUACUAAAGCAAGCAUCAUCGGAAACUGUCGUGACAGUUGAUCUUUCCGGCCACCAGUUAAAGCUUUUUCCAGAAGCUUUUGGGAAACUUUCAUCUUUAGUUCAUCUAAAUCUUUCCAAUAAUCACUUACAGGUGCUGCCUGAUUCAAUUGCAGGAUUAGUGAAACUCGAAGAACUUGAUGCUUCAUCAAAUCUUUUAGAAUCCUUACCAGAUUCAAUCGGCUUGCUGACCAACCUCAAAAUCUUGAAUGUGUCUAGCAACAAGCUUAACACCCUUCCUGAAAGCAUCGCCUUUUGCAAGUCAUUAGUGGAAUUAUAUGCAAGCUUCAAUAACCUGAUGUUCUUGCCAACAAAUUUCGGUUAUGGACUAGUAAACCUUAAAAUACUCAUAAUAAGCCUUAACGAAAUCCGGUUUUUACCAGCCACUAUCAGUGAACUCGAGUCUUUAAUAUACCUAGAUGCUCAUUUCAAUAAACUUCAUGGCCUUCCAUCUUCAAUAGGAAAGCUGAUGAAUCUUGAGGUAUUGAACUUGAGUAGUAAUUUCAGUAACUUGACAGAGCUACCCGACACGAUUACUGACCUUGCAAACCUCAAAGAGCUAGAUCUUAGUAACAACCAAAUCCAGGUUCUUCCUGAAUCUUUUGGUCAGCUUCAAAAUCUUGAAAAACUAAACUUGGAUCAGAACCCACUCGUAGUUCCACCUAUGGAGAUCGUAAUGCAAGGAACCAAGGCUGUAAAGGACUUCAUGAUCAAGUGGCGACAAUCCAAUAUAGCUGCUGAGGAACAGAGGCGUCUGGUUGAAGCAAAUGAUGGGAAUCAGACGGGAUGGUUGGCUUGGGGAAGCAAUAUGGUCAAUUUGUAUCUGGCCCAAGGUAAAUCUUCUAGUUCUAAAGAUGCCUACUUGGAUCAACUGCUGUAAGAUAUCAAAGUAAGAACUUCAAACUUUCUUUAGAACAUGUGAAAGUGUGUCACUGUGUUGUAUGAAUUUAACUUUUGCUGCUUAAACAGUCUGGUGAUAGUGUAAUAUAAUGCUUGUUGUAAUGAAUGAAAUAUCAAUCAAGUUUAUUCUUGAGAACUUUUGUCA